UCUCGGUUCCUCCGACCACGGUGUGAAAUCGGAAAUUGAAGAAAUAUUAUUUUCUCAACCUCUGAUGUAAUACGCCAAUCAUCAGUAACGGCAUAGCCGAAUUAACUUAAUUCCCUAACUAUUUAUUCAUAAUAGUAGUUGAGUAGUUCUCUACAAAAACUAACCAUGCCGCCGAAGAAAGCAAGUGGUGCUGGAGCCAGCAAGAAGACUGAACAAAAAAAGAAGGAGAAAGUUAUUGAAGACAAGACCUUUGGUCUCAAAAACAAAAAAGGUGCAAAGCAACAAAAGUUUAUUCAGCAAGUAGAAAAACAAGUAAAAAGUGGAGGUAUACACCCCGCGCAGCCUGUACAAGAUAAAAAGAAGGAAAAGGAACAAAAACUGAAGGAGCAGAAGGAAUUAGCAGCGCUAUUCAAACCUGUACAGACACAAAAAGUUGAGAAAGGUACUGACCCAAAAUCAGUUGUAUGUGCAUUCUUCAAGCAAGGACAAUGUGCAAAGGGUGAUAGGUGUAAAUUCUCACACGACUUGACUAUAGAAAGAAAGGCCGAGAAGCGAUCACUCUAUGUGGAUAUGCGUGACGAUGAAGACAACAUGGAUAACUGGGAUGAGGACAAACUCAAGGAAGUGGUAGAGAAGAAACACGGAGAGGGUAACAAGCAGCGGCCUUCGACUGAUAUUAUUUGCAAGCACUUCAUCGACGCCGUCGAAAAAUCGAAAUAUGGUUGGUUCUGGGAGUGUCCAGCGGGCACCAAAUGUAUAUACAGGCACGCUUUACCACCAGGCUUUGUGCUCAAACGGGACAAGAAGAAAAUGGAAGAGAAAAAGAAUGAGAUAUCUCUUGUCGAUUUAAUAGAGAGAGAGAGAGCGGCUCUUGGACCCAAUCAGACUAAGAUCACGCUGGAAACCUUCUUGGCGUGGAAGAAGAAGAAGAUUAAAGAGAAACAGGAACUACUCAACAAAGUUGAAGAACAACGCCGCAGUGACUACAAAGCGGGAAGAGCGGUCGGUCUCUCUGGACGGGAGAUGUUCUCGUUCGACCCGGCGAUGGCUGCUGAUGCUGAUGAUGAUGGAGACGAGGCGUUCGACCUUGGGAAGUUCCAUGAGGAUGAAGAGGAGAAGGAGGAAUAUAGGAAUAUCGAGCUGGAGCUCAUCGGCAUGGAGGCUUGCGAGGUGGACGAUUCAGGCACGAAAGCGACUGACGAUAGGUUAGAAAAACUAGGUAAAGAUCUAGAAAAUGGUGACGAGAAGCCACAAGAAGAGAAUAUGGGCGCUGUGCCAAUUAAUGAGAACCUCUUCCUCGCUGAGGACCUGGACGAGGAACUGGAAAACCUGGACCUUGAUGAUUAACCUGUACAGAUAUUGUAAUAAACUUGGUUUAUAAUG